CGCGCGGCCGCUGCCGAUCGCCCAGUCCAUAGCGUUGAUCACACAGCUCUGCCCUAUCGCGCGUCAUCUCUCUCUCCUUGCCUCUCCCCAUCCAAGCGUCGCCGUCGUCCUUCAACCCCGCCUGUAGCAUACAUUCAGCUCGACUCGUCCCACAAUGCCGGCCUCACGACGCGGAAGUGGCAGCGUCACCCUCCCCUCGGGUCAGACACUCGCCAUACACACCCGUACUCAGGAUGAGGAGGACCUGCCCCAUGCCACCAAAAAGACUAUGGCCGAUCAUCUGCGCAAGUAUGAGCAGCUCUUCACGCUUACCCCACAGCGCAUGCGCAUGAUCACAGAGGCCUUCAGCGAGAUACUCGACAAUGGUCUCAAGAAGCAUGGUCAAGUCGUUCCCAUGAUUCCGACCUUCGUAUUUGGCUGGCCUACGGGCGAAGAAGUCGGUGAUUAUCUCGCGCUAGAUCUUGGUGGUACGAAUCUUCGCGUCUGUCUUGUCUCGCUCCAGGGAAACGGCAAGUUCGAGAUUACCCAGACCAAAUACCGUCUCACCGAGGAACAAAAGCACGAUGACGGCGAGAAACUCUUCGAUUUCUGCGCAGAGUGCCUGGCAACCUUCAUCGUGACCAACAUGGCAAGUGUGUGCGAACCUGGCGCCAAUGUAUCCGUGGAAGGAGAAGAACCGAAGAAGGUGGAGGUGACGGCGACAGAGUCAAGUGGACAUGCCGAGGGCUUGUUGCAGCCUGGCCAGGAAUUACCUCUUGGCUUCACAUUCUCUUACCCAUGCGACCAGGAACGCAUCGACCAUGGCGUACUCAUUCGUUGGACGAAGGGCUUCGGCGCACCGAAUACGGAAGGGCACGAUGUUGCUGAGAUGUUCCGUAAGGCCAUCGAAAAGCGCAACCUUCCCAUAAAAAUGACAGCACUCAUCAACGACACGACUGGAACACUUAUUGCAUCGCAUUAUGUCAAUCCACGUACGAAGAUUGCGGUCAUCUUCGGAACGGGAUGCAAUGCAGCGUACAUGGAACAUGUCAAAGACAUCACGAAGAUCAAUAAUCUGGGGUUAGACGGGGACGCACAAGGACCUGCAGCAGAAAUGGCAAUCAAUUGUGAAUGGGGUGCAUUUGAUUCGCAUGCACACGAACACCUGCCGAGGACGAAGUAUGACCAGAUCGUGGAUGAGACAUCCAACAAACCAGGUGAACAAGCCUUCGAGAAACUCAUUUCUGGUCGUUACCUCGGCGAAAUCUUACGGCUUGUUAUCUGCGAGCUUAUUGACGAAGGAGUACUGUUCUUGGGGCAGAACACAUACAAACUCGAGAAGCCGUACUGUUUCGACACAGCAUUCUUGUCGUUGAUGGAGAGUGAUCCGACAGACGAGCUACUUAUGAUCAUCGGUAUCUUCACGCAUUUCUUCGCAUUGGAGACGACUCUAGCCGAAAGGCAGUUCUUCCGUGCACUGGCACGACUCGUUGGUCGCCGUGCGGCGCGUUUGAGUGCCUGUGGUAUUGCCGCGAUCGUCACUAAGAUGGGGUACCUUGAUGAGGGGUGCAGUGUUGGUGCGGACGGGUCACUGUACAACAAAUAUCCUGGCUUCGCAGAUCGUGUGCACGAAGGCUUAGUUGACAUUUUCGGUGACAAGGGCCGCAAUAUCAUCACACACCACGCUGAGGAUGGUAGUGGCGUUGGGAGUGCGAUCAUUGCUGCUAUGACGAAAGCACGCAAGGAUGCCGGAAUCUAUCCACACGUCUAAAGUCCUUCGCUCCCUGGCUUCUCUCACAGUUCUACUGCUGCAUACUGCUUGCUUUACCUAUACCCGACGCUCCGGAUGAGCGUCGUGUGCAGUGUGCGGGCAUCAUUAAAACUACGUUCCAAUCUUUCGUUUCUUAAACUUGUUUUUUUUACCUUUCUGUAAAGGUAUCGGGACGCUGAAGGCCCUGUGUAAAGUAGCGAAUAAGUGCAAAGAAAUGAAUAACCUAUAGAUGUGAAUCUGAAACUUCAUAAAUG